AUGAGGAUUCAUUCCAAGCUAUUUUACGGACUUUCUAUAUGGUUCCCAGAAUAUAUUAAGAAACUAGAUCUAGAAGAGUAUCGAGGGAAUUCAAAGACAUAUGCCAACACGACCAUCGAAAGUCGAACCAUUAACUACACCUUAGACAACAUCCAUUUUCAGAACAUGUAUUUCCACAACGUCAAUUUUUCUAACAUAGUUAUAAACCAUUGCAUAUUUUCUAACUGUUCAUUUACAAACAGUAAUUUCACACGAAUCAGAUCGAGUAAAACGUUCUUUCAGAGCAGCGAUUUCGAUAAAGUCCUCUUUAACGAUACGGAUUUUUACAAUUACAAAUUUCAAAAUUGCUUCUUUCACGAUACAAAUAUAUCGAAUCUUAAGACGGGAUGCCGAAUCGAUUUCGAUAUUAAUUAUAAAUUAUCAGAGAUAUUUUUACAAAAUCUCAUAACACAACUGGCCAUCAUCCCUGGCAAUAUAUUAUCAGCUUAUGCUCUGGAUUGCUUAGGAAGAGUCAGGACCAUGGGAACUUCCCUAUUCUUAGCGGGAACCAGCGCUUUCUUCAUCUGGUUUUUGGACUCGAAGAGCGCAGUGGUCUCCUUCCAAGCUGUCUUCAAUUUCAUAUCCAUAUCGGGGUGGAAUGCGGUCGACGUCAUCACCACGGAAGUAUACCCGGCCACUUUGAGGAGUACAGGAUACGGUUUCUUGAGUGCCAUCAGUCGCUUGGCCGCCGUUUUGGGAAAUUUGACCUUUGGCAGCUUCAUCGGAACGAGUAAAGCAGUACCCAUCCUUACUUCCGCUGCAGUUAUAUUGCUAGGCAGCAUUUGUUCCGUUAAGUUGCCGGAAACUAAAGAUGCACUCAUGUAAUCUCCGCUGGACCAAGUCCCUAACAUAUCAAUGAAAACUUCUAUCACUUCGCUCUAUAACUUCUCGAGUCGUACUUAAAAAAAAUAAUAGUAAUAAAAUAUAUCAAUAUUUUCGAGCAUCGAAUAACCAAAAGAAUAAACCGGGUACCAAACUUGUCGUGUACUGAAAAUAAUGGAGGAUUUCUAAAGAGAAAUUAACAAUAGUUUUAAGGAAGUUCCUGGCAAAAAUUCCUUAUAAAAUGUAUUUGUUAUAUAGCCUGUGACAUUUUCUAACCCCCGCAAGAUCGAGAGAUAAUAUUUAGUAUACAAACCGAGCAGCAAUUAAUGUUACAGAACACUUUAAAGAAAAAAAUCCGCUACGUUGCAAGAAACUACAGAUUUUUUCAUGAAAUUUUUUGUAAAAAUUAAAAAAAAUAUACAGUUACAAAAAAAAUUAGAUAUUUGUUUCGUAUCGAGGUGCUAGUUUAUAAACAUAGCAAUACAAAAUAUCCGUGAGAGAUUGUGAUUUUUAUGAAAGAAUUUGUAGAGGGGAAAGAGAAAAAGAGAAAUCGAAUUCGUGAUUGCCUUAAUUACUCGAUUAUUACGUUAAAAAUUAAAUAAAUAAAUAAGUAAAAACACAAAAAAAUUCAAAGUAAAUAUCUCGAAAUAUUGAUGCUUAGCUACGCUUGUUGUUAAUGACGAUGAUGAAGCUUUUGUUUGUGAUUAUCACGCAUCAUGUUAUCGAUAUUUUGGGAAAAAAGUGUUUUAGUUACUAGUCAAUAGAAGAUAUUCGUGUUUCGAAUGCUCAUUUAUAUAUUUUAUUAUCCAAUUAUAUCGUUCGUAUCAUAUUUAUUUGUGCGAUAAUCCACAUAUACGUCGAGUUGUCCCUUUAUGAUUUUUGGAAGAUCUGCAUCAUCACUCCACGGAAAAAAGGUAAAUUAUCUCGUUGCAAAUAUCUUCGCUAUCUUAACUUAAAAAUUCGCUAAUAUUUAUCAAAACAAACGGAAUUGCAUACUAGAAAUUCUGAAAAAAAAAAAAGACAAUUUCGUUGGGUCAACAUGCGAAUUUCCUAGUUUCUGUUGGAAAUUACUCUGUAAAUUAGGAAAAAUAAAUUCGAAAAUCGAAAGUAUCGAUUUCUUUACAAAUAUAUAAAUAGCAGAGGUAAAUCCUCCUUAAAAAUUGAUUUAAAAUAUUGUUGUACAUAGAUAAAAACACAAACAGAUCUUCCAUAUUUUUGUUUUAUCCGUCGUAACCGUAUGAAAAUUAUAUUUUGUUUAAUUUCGUUUGAUAAACGUGAAGCACUUGGACAUGCGAUAUUGCUUUAAUAUAAAUUCCCUUAUCGGUCCAUCUAUAAAAGAAGAAAAAAAUUCUUGUAUAGAAAAUAUUUUGUGAUUAACAUUAUUGUAUAAUGUAGAAUGUGCCUUUUGAUAUGUCGAGUGUAUCGAGUUCUGUGUAUAUGUGUACAUUCAAUUAUCAGCAAAAAAAGAGAAAUUUUAUGCGAAAGACAGCACUAAUUAACGUGAGACAAGUCUCAAAUGUAUAGCGUUAAAAGCACAAUAAAUAAUUUAAAUUAAU